AUGGCGGACGUGACAGUGCUGAGAUGCUGGCCAGCCUGCGUCGAUGCGAUCGAUUGGUCUUCCGACGGCAUCAUUGCAUUAGCGUCGGAUGAGCGCGUAGAGCUGCUUUUUCCGAACACCGUCGACUUCGAACGGGACCAAGUCUUGCCGCAAUGGCAGCAUGUGCCUCUCAAAGUACCCUUGUUCUCGACCGAUGAGCUCCCACUCAAAGAACCUGCGCCAACAUCUAACUACUCCGUCGGCGAAGAGAUCUCUAACAGCGCUCCCAUCAGCAUCGCGUGGUCGCCACCCGGCAUUGCUAAACAUCGAAAAUGCGCGCUUGCUGCUCUUACCGCAAACCUGACGCUUUCCCUCUGGUCAGCAGCAGAAGGCAAGCCAGAGGAUGAGACAAGUUGGGCCCGACGAUUGAUCAUCAAUGAUGCACUCGUUGACCACUUCGGAGACUGGGACGACGAACCUAGCCACGUAGUGCACGAUUCCAAGGAACGACUGCGGUCAAGAGGCCGCAUUCGAGCGUUCGCCUGGGCACCCGCUAUGCCUUGCUUAGAACCGCCUGGUGUUAUCGGUACUCACUUGGUAUACGGCCAGCACAUGCUAGUAGUCUCUGAUGAUGACAACCACCUCGUGUUUCUGAAGAUUGAAACACCGACGUCCUCACUGGGAGCUGAGCCGGACUGGAGGGCUGAGGUACUAACACAUGAGUCUUUCGCACUGUCCUCGGAGACGGUCUUCCCACAACCUAACAUUUUCGAAGACAUGAUCAAGCAACAAAGUUACAUCUCACAUAUCGCCUGGAGUCCUUGGAUCAUCUGUAACGGAUCUUAUCGUUCCGUACUGGUAUACGCUACGAAUGAAGACGUACGGGCGCGGACCAUCACGUAUGACCACGGCCAAAUGAACCUGGAGCAGGAACUUGUCUACGCAGGCUACGAAAUGAGGUACGAUGGUCCGAUGAAAUGGUUCCACAGAGUCGAAGACGAAGACAGACUCAAGCUCGCCCUCUUCACAAAUACGGGACUAGUAUAUCUAACGAUAUCCGCUCUUGACGCUUCCAUCAUCGAAAGGAGUACGCAUGAUCUGGACGGCCGAUGGGAUCCAGUCUCAGGCCUUGUUUGGGAUACGACUGGCGCCACAACUCCUCGUCUCCAUAUAAGCUCUCUGUUAUCGACCCUCCACAGUCCGACUGCUAUCCUUGAGCAGACUCCUGAUGGGCUCAAAGGACUUGAUACCCCAGAAUGGCGGGAGAGAAUCGGAAAUAACCUGGCACUGUUUAGUGUAAAGAAUGGACUCAAAGGCAAUAGCAGGGCCAAGGUAUGGGGUCUCGCGAGAUCUCCGCUGGGCGACUUCAUUGCAGCAUGCAACAGCGUACAUCCUUCGGAUAUGAUCGAAUACGGUAUUCCGGCUGACCGUAGUGGCGCCGUGGCUAUCAGCUCUUUGCGACCUGGCAGCCGUUCACGGGACAUCUUUCCGAAAGAGAACGUAACCGCAGAAGGAAUAAUGUACAGUCUCAAGAAGUUGGCAGAAGAAGUUGUCGAGGACCCUGACGACAUACCUGCAUUCGCGGAUGAGAUGGUUGGAAAGCUAGUCGAGACUUACACAGCUCUUCCUCUUGGUGAGAUGAGAGCGACCACAUCAGUAGCGUACCCUGAUACCAACGAUCUCGAUUCGUUGAUCAAGGGAUUCAAGUCGAAUGCUUUCCUUGAAUCACCUACACUGAAGGAUCGCUACACCAUCCUCGUGUCUGAAGCCUACAAGACGCAGAUCAAUAAGGAGCUACCGGCGACUCUGAUUGCGUACCGUCUCGCUGUGGCCUUGCAACAACUUCCUUCGUCGCUAUCGCAUACGCCUUUCAGCGCAGAAAUUCGCACGCAUCACAAACAACUCGUCACACUCAUCAACAUGGUCAUGGGCUAUGACGAUACAUCCAAAUCGUUGCCCGCAGACAGAAGUUCGGAGCAGGAAAGCACAUCAACAGUCGGCACCGGUACGCAUGGCAACAGCAUUUCGGCAAAUCAAGGUUCAGCAGUCCCAGUAGCAGAUACUUGCGAUUUCUGCUCCGCAUUCAUACCGUUCGCAGACCCCCGAUCAGCAACUUGCACCAACGGACAUUUUUUCCCCAGAUGUGGCCUCACUUUUCUGGCUAUCCAAGCGCCCGGCAUCACGAAGUACUGUGGUAUAUGCAGCACUCCAUUUCUAAGCGACGAGUUUAUCAUGGCCCAAGAAGAUGCGGAACGCAAUAAAGGCGCCGCCACAGGAGACAACACGGUCAUGACAGGCGUGAUAAGAGACGGAUCGGUAUCAGAGGGAGAACAGGAGAGCAGUGGUUCAUUGAACAAGGUGGAUGAAGAGGGUUCUAGCGACCAAGGAGGAGACGAGCAAGCCAUGACUGUGGAGCAAGAAAGCAACGAUUCUGACGGUGAAGAUCAUGAGUACGAACGAAGGGAGUUGCCCAUCACGCUGGCACGGGUACUGUUCCUUGCCUGCGAUGCCUGCAUCUACUGCGGUGGCAAAUUUAUUGGUUGA